UUACAUGCCGGUUUGCAGGACGCUGAGUGAAAGAGGUAUGACCGGCAGAUGUGAUGGAGAGUUUAAAGGCACGAUUUGAUUUUCCCAGCCCCGUCAUACAAGCAGAGACAGUGAGAAAUCUUGUUGCUGCUGUGCUAAAGGAAAAAGGGCAAAAUGGACAAAUCACACAGUCGUCCCUUCAGGGCCCAGCAUUGGAGGCUCUAUGGCAGCAAUGCUGCAGUGACUGUGCUAGGGUGUGUUCAGCCUGCUGUGAUGCCGUGGUGCUGCUGGUGGAUCAGGGCCACGCAGACCUGCACUACGUCCUCAACAGUGUCCUCAACCUGCUACCCUCUGCUAGCAAUGCCCAGGGACUGAUAAAGGUGAUUGGACGGCUGCUGCAAAUUCAGGCAGACCAGAGAGACGGAGAAACAGCCUUCACCUGUCCCUACUCCAUCAGGACCAGCCCUCACCCAUAUAUCACAGCCCUGGAGAACCGAGUGGACUGCUGGCCAGCUCUGCUGCUGGAGAUUGAUGAUUUCAUUCAGCAGGCUGCUGACAGAAAUCAACCAGUCUACAUCACCAUGCUGGCCCCCUUCCUGCAGUACCUGUACUGUGAACCUCAGAGGCAACCCCAGCACGCCCUCUUCCGACACAGCCUCCUCAGGGUGCUGCUGCCCACAUAUCCCAGAGUUGGAUCGGUCCUCCAGGACAAGGACCAGGAGAAGCCCUCCACAGUGUCUGACAGCCUGCUGCACUGCCUCUGCCAGCUGGUUCCAUACAUGCAGGUGGACAGCAUGGAGGCGGUGCUGGAGCUGUGUGGAUUCGUGGACACUCUGCUUCAGGGUCUUGUUGGAGUCUCUGAGGAGCACCGGAGGACUGAGAGAGCCAGGCUGCUUCUGCAUCUGCUGUGCGCCUGUCAGCGUUGCCUCCAGUUGAACGGAGAUUGUCGGCCACUUCUCAACCUGUUACAGCAGCUACUUCCUGCUGGCCAACAGGAGCUGCCAGUGGACGAGUUGAUGAUGGGUGUGGCUUUGCUCCUGCUGGAGGCCCCUGCGGUUCAGCAGACCAGCCUGCUCGGUCUGGCACUGAGUUUAGCUCCUGAGCAGGCUGAGCUGGCACCCUGGUUGAGUCCAGUCCUGGUUCUUCCUGUGCUGCAGCUGCUGUCCUGCUCAGGCCUCACUGAGCCUCUGGCUGACCGGAGGACACACAGCCUCAACAAGAGCCUGGCCCACAGCCUGCUCCGCAGCAUCAGCAGGCAGGCGGAUACACCCCAACAGCCUGCUCCACCACUCGUGCUUCCUCUCAGUUCCUGGUACAGCGAGCUCACUGUGGCUCUCUCCAUACUGCGUAAAGUGGCAGAUGAUCCAGCGCCAGCCACUGAUUGGCUGUUGUCGGUUCGCUUGGCCGUGUCGUCCGGUCAGCGUCUGCCCUGCUCCCUCACCCUCAUUGUGACCUAUCUCAUCAUUACGGGUCAGGAAGAUGUCUGCCAGCUGGCUUUGGACACAUGCCAGUCCUUCGCUGCAGCUGACCCCUGCCAGGUCCCCUCCCUCAUCCCUGUUCUGUUGUUCAAACUGGGGAAGGAAAAGAAUCCAGACCUGGCUCAUGCUUUGCUGAACUGCUUGCCAAACCUUGGGACUCAUAAGCUGUGUGUCCCAAUGGUGCUACAGACUCUCCACAUGCUUGCCAGCUCCCUUAAGCUUAGAGCUGUGGCGAUGCGCCUCAUGACUGCUCUCUGGAAGAAACAGGACCGAGUUUACCCAGAGCUGCAGCGUCUGCUGGGUCAGCAGGACAACAGGGUGGUGGUGGGGAGGGACGCCCAGUGGGAACAGAUCCUGGCCCGGGCUGCCUGCCUCAGGGACAUCUGCAGAGAGAGGCCUUAUCAGCACGGAGGUGAUAUGUUGGCUGCUAUUACACACACUCUGAACCAGUGCACCAGACCAGACAUGGCAACCCCAGCUGCUCUCGCCCUGCAAGGACUACAGGAGCUGUGCCGGGCAGAGGUGGUGGACAUCAUCUCGACAUGGAGGCGCCUUGGGCCGGAGCUCAGCUGUGAAUCCCGUCCACUGAUGGUCAGAGUUAUAGCGGAGCUCCUGGCUCUGGUUCCCCAGCUCACUGUAAAGUCAGAGGAGUACGAGAAACUGAAAGAGGAGGUGGUCAGCUUUCUUUGGAAUUAUACUGUGAACAAGGAUCCAGAGGUGGCCAGCUGUGGCUACAGGGCUCUUGCAGAUUUUCCUGAAGAGGUCCACACAAUAACUCUCCUUCCUGAGGCAGCCAGGCCGCCCACAAAGCUGCCUGAGGGUGAAGAGGAUGAGCAGGGGGAGGAGAUAGAGGAAGAGAAGAAGGAUCUCUCUGUCCCAGGUUCAUCUUACGUGAAGCUGAUGGCUCUCACCCCCACACCUGUUCUUCCAGCGUUUGAGCUCUUCUUGACGUCACUGGUGAAGCAGGAGAUGAGCCAGAUGCCACGGGGGGUAUACUUCUCUGCCCUGAGGGGGGGGAACCUGCACUCAGACCAGGGUAAAACAGUGGCAGGAAUCCCAGCGUUCAUGCUAAAAACCUAUGAGAAAAACAAGCAGCCUGGGCUGAAGCCUGGACUAGCAGCUGGUCUGCUGCUCAGUUACGAGCUCCCUGUGCAGACUGAUCGCAAUGGCAAACCGAUCGAUCGCUUCCUCGUGAGCCGCAGCCGCAGCCACCAGCAGACCCUGACCGCCCUUAUUCAUGAGGUAAACAUCCAGCCGUCUGAAUGGCACCGGGCUCUCCUCUUACCCCAGGCCUGGAGGGGCUUCAUGAGCCGAGCUUUUCACGCCAUCUUACAGGGUCGACGUGCUGACUUGGAGAUGCAACAGAAACAAGGCAAAGAGAACCCCGAGGAGCUGCAGUACAAACAGCACUGUGCCUGGCUUUGGGCCAGAGAUCAGCUGGCAGACGUCAUCAAAGCUGCUACAAAGGACAGUCCUGUUGUUCAGGGAAACUCAAUUCUGGCUCUGAGCGGCCUGGCUGCUGUCCUCACUAAAUACGAGAGCAACCUGCCCACUGACAGCGAUGGCAGCCUCAGGGCUGGACCAGAGUUUGUGCCCACAGCCAGCUGGUUAUCCAUGGUGUUCGAGACCCUGCUCAGCAUAAUUAGCAGCAGCUACAAGGCCAGAGGACAAGUUUUCCCAUGGUUCCUGCAUCGUUCCUACUCAGGUGAGAACACAGCAAGUGCCAUUGCUCGCUCCUGUGCCAGUCUAGCGUUGUCCUUGCUGGUUCCAGUGCUGGUGGUAUGGCAGAGGGAUGCCCUGGUCCAGGUCCUGUCAGCCUUGAAGGCAGGCCUGCCUGGCUCACCUACUGCUGAUGACUCCCAGGCUGUCCAGUUCCACUCCGGCCUUGCGCUGGGCAUGGUGCUGUGCAGUCUGCAGCAUCAGCGCCUCAGUGACAUCUCUGCUCAGAAAGACACUGAUCUUCUCCUCAGCCCUCUGGGUGCUCUGGAAAGUUGCUCCUUCAACCCCGACCUGGAAUACAAUACUGGCUGUAUGUUGGGUCUGGGUCUGGUGCUGGCAGCUCUCUGCAGUAGUGGACAGAAGGACCAACACAUCCACGUCAUGCUAACACUGGACAAACUACUAUCCAGCCUGCAGGACAACAGCGGGCAGGGACGCAUGAUGCAGGAGGUCUUGGCGUACUCUGUGGCGUGUGUGGGCGUCUCAGCCUUCAGUGGAGGCCUUAUAGACGCUGCCAAGGCUGAGGAGGUCAUGAACACUCUGCGCACCCUGACUGAGGAGAGCCAGCAGACCCCAGGUUUCUCUCUGGCUCUGGGGCUGGUUGUCCACGGCCUGUCACUGUCUGGUCACGGUAAAGCAGAGGACAUCCACCCCCGACUGCUGGCUGCCUGGAUCAAGAUCUUACUGACUGAGGGUUGUCCCACUAUGCAGCGACUGGCUGCUGUCAACGGACUGGUGGCUCUAGUGGGAUCUGAGAGUUACCUCAUUCAGCUGAAAAGUGAGCUGGAGCUUUCCUCCCAGCAGCAGAGCCGGCUGAAUGAGGUCAUUCGAGCCAUCACACAGGUCAUAACGUUCUCAGGUGCCAUUGGUUUACAGUCCAACAGCGCCUGUUUGAUGGGUCACUUACAUUUGGCCCACAUGUCCACCAGCCACACUCAAACAGCAGUUCCUCAGAAUUUCAGUUACCUCUCAGAGAAAAGUGUCCUCAGACCCAUCAUUGACUUCAUCUCAGAGGCAGGAAAGAAAGGUCGUGAGUCCUCUGCUCCAGCUCUGGUGAAGACUGCACUGACCCCGCUGGCUUCAGUUGGAGCCAGUUUCCAGUACCCGCCCAUAAACUGGAGCGCUGUCCUGUCUCCUCUGAUGAGGCUCAGCUUCGGAGAGGAGGUGCAGCAUCAGUGUGUGGUACUGGCAGCGAGUCAGGCUCAGUCUUCCCAGAGUGCAUCUCUCUUCCUGGGCUCUUGGCUGUCCCCCCCCCUGGUGCACAGUCUCAGUUAUCAGACCCGGGCUCACCUGUAUGACACCCUUGGCUUGUGGAUGAAGCAUGUUGCCGAGGACAAGCUCCAGGUCUACAUGGAGAGUCUGGGUUUGCAGCAGUUCCAGGAGGACCUUCAACCCCAGCGUCUGUCCCUGUGCCGCUCUCUCCUGCAGGGCCUCGCUCAGGCCAUGGCCCUCCCAAACCCCCCCAGUAACUGCUGGACUAUCCUCUGCUCCACCACUGAGAAGAUCUUCACCCUCCUGCCGAACCAGAUCCAGGAUGAUGAAGUGGAUUUGUACACAGGAGUGGCCAGAUGUCUGUCUGAGAUGUCUGAUACAGAGAUUGAUCGAAUUGCUCGAGUUACUAAGAUCCAGAUGGAGAAGACCUGCUUCAUCCUGGCUUACCUGACUUCCCAGGGCAGAGUUCCCCUCCUUGGUCUCAAUGACAUCAUCGCUGGUGUGCUUCGUGGUUGGCCAAGCCGCAGAGUCGGCUGGAUUCUCCUCCAAACGUUUUAUCAGUGUCGCUUGGCAACCAGUUCCAACACGGGCAUCUCCAGACGGAUGGAGUGGCUCCUGGAGCUGAUGGGCCACAUUCGAAAUGUUGCCUACGGUGCAACGUCUGUCACAUGUGGAGACACAAAACUGGCCACAGACUUCCUGUUCCAGGUCUUUGCUGCUGCUGUAGUUUCCUGGGGGGACCACUUCAUGCCACUCCUCUAUGGCAUCCGGGCCCAGUGGUUUCCAUGGCAACAGGGCUCCAAGCCUCGAGCUCUGCAACACGGUCUCUAUGGAGAGGAGUCACUCACUGACCAUGCCCUGCCACAGUGUCUGCUGGGAAUGCCCCACAGCCUGGCUCUGCUUCUGGGCAAAGAGCCCUGGAGCAGCCAGACACAGAAGUUCAUAGACUGGCUUCUCAGCAUCACAGAAGCUCCUGGCCAGAGUGUGUCGACUGCGACCACCAGCACAGCCAAAGCUGCUCUGUUGGCUCUGAAGUCCUCCGCUGAGUUCAAGAAGAAAGCUGUGUGGACCAGAGCUUAUGGCUGGUAAUUAUAUCGUAACCACAGCGAUGCAUACUGAGGGUCUUCACGACAAAAACAAUGCUGGAGCUGUAACACACGAGCUGUAUCUCUCCUUCCUGAGCCUGUCGGAUGUGGAGACAGUGAUGUGAUGUCUGAAUGUGUCGAGGCACACUGCAGCUCCACAGACUUUCAAAUAGAAAAACUCCACCGCUGCCGUCGCUCUGCUUCAGUCAUACAUGACGCUGAUGUUAACAGGAAUGUGCUCUGUCAAAUAGUAUUUCUAUUAAAAGUGUAACAGAAAAUUUGAA